CUUCAUUUCAUAAUUUGUAAAUGUCAUAACUGUUUGUACGAGGUAUCGACCUGACAUGGGCCUUCUAUCAAAGUUAAGUUAUCACGAAGACCGUGUUUUGAUUGAACUCUGUGCAUUACGAAAAUAUAAGUAAAUACUUGAGACGUAAUAAUUGGCGUCUUAUUGCUAUAAUUUAGAUAUCCUUCAGUAGGAAAUGGCCACCAACGCAUCUACCGUUCCAAUUGGAUGGACUAAUUUAACAAGAAUAGAUGUCGCGAUGGAUCGACACUUCCGUCACGUGGAUGAUCAGCGUCUUUGGCUGUUUGGCGCACCAGUUGUACUCGUACUCGGAACAAUAGGGAAUUUGCUAUGUAUCGCCGUACUUUUAAGGAAAAAACUUCGGGCACAGUCUUGGUGUUGGUAUCUGAUAGCCUUAGCUGUUGUGGAUCUAGUUGCCCUGUACACAACCACGCUUGAUUGGUGGAUACGAUCCUUGACGGGUGUCUACAUUGGGCAAAUAUCUCCGGGGACUUGCAUCUUGGAGAUUUUUCUAACUUUUCUGGCCGAUCAUUUCUCGGCUUGGAUACUUGUUGCGGUUGCCUGUGAACGUGUGUUUUAUAUAUAUUUCCCAGUUCAGUCCAAGGGCAUGUGUACACGAAAAUGUUCCUUUAUCGUCAUAGCAGUUAUAGGAUUUGUACUCAUAUUACUUAAUCUACAUAUUAUUUGGUCAGCUGAUCUUAAAGAGAGACACGGAGCAUGGUCGUGUUUUCUUAAUAAGGAGUUCAGUCUGUCCUGGUCAUGGAUAGACAUGUGUUUUGCGUCUUUGUUUCCAUUUGUCGCUAUGGCAAUGGCAAAUGGAUUUCUCAUAAAGAAAUUGUCCAAAUUAAAAACGUCACCAAAUGGGAACAUGCGAUCAAAAAACAGACAGCUGAUUGUAAUGAUCCUGACAGUGACAGUCGCGUUUGUAUUAUUAACCCUACCUUUACAAAUCACAAUCGUUGUUUUGAUUGCACAGACAAAGAUCGACCCCGAUGAUACUGAAACUAUCAACAAAAUGCACUCGGCAGUUAGAGGAGCUCAGUUUAUACAUCAGUUCAAUAGCGUCAUCAAUUUUGUAUUAUAUUACGCAAGUAACUCUCGAUUCAGGAAAGAAUUAAAGGAUUGGUGGUGUUCCUCGUCCAGUACGUACCAUUCGAGAACAAACAGAGACACAUAACUUCGAUAUUUUUGUAUCUUAUAUUACAUGCAAGGAAAAUUAACUCCCAACGACGCAACUUGAUAUUCGACCUUGACCUUGAUCGAUAUCAACAUUUAAAAUGGCGUUAUUUUCUGACAUUAUAUCUGACUAUCAAUUUAUAAUCAUCAGUCUAAAAGAUUCGAACCAAUGUCUCGAUCAAUUGUUGUGUG